AUGUCCUGUUCAGUACAUACUGUAAAAGGUCUGGUCCUGGUCCUUCCUUGCUUUUCCUUCCUUUUAGGAUGUCUUGCCUUUGUCUCGGCUAUGUAUCCCUGCGUCGAUCUGUUUAAUUAUUCAAAAAUGUCGGACAUCGGAACCCGUAUUAGCCCUAACGAACUUACCUACCGGGCCAGUCUGACUCUGUACGACCGGCUUACUCCAUAUCAUCGACAAUCAGCAAACAAACUCGAUUCAACUCUAUCAAUGGCCUCUCACAACAACACUCCUAACACAAUCACCGCCCUGGCAACGCGCAUCGCUGCGCAAGCAGCCAUCCUCGAACGAACGAUUCAUACCGAGGGGUUAAAAUACCCCUCCUUUGACCAGGAUGCUGAUGAGGAGUUUCCCAGUGUUGACGACGAUAGCAGUAGUUGCGUUCUGGAAGAUGCCCGCGCCCAGCUGCUAGAGGACACGCGGGCGUUGCACGAUCUCAUCCUUGGGCCGGCGGAGGUGCUGAGGAGGAUGAGAUUUGCUGAUAACAUUUCUGUUCAGUCCAUCGACACCGCCGUCCAGCGCGUUAUCUACCACUACAAGAUCCACGAGGCCGUGCCUCUAGGUCCAGAGGGCAUUUCCUACACUGACCUGGCCAGCAGGACCGGUCUGCCGGCGCAGCGUCUGCAAUCCGUCAUCCGACAGUCGGCGCUGAAUCGUGUUUUUGAGGAAGUCGAACUCAAACCGGAACAUGAUAAUGAUCACGAAGUUGGUAAUAAUGAUCCUGUCUAUGGCGUCAGACACACCGCCUCCUCCGCCCUUCUUCUCCGCGACAGCGCCAUGCAAGACUGGUACGGCCACUGCGUUGAGGAGAUGUUCCCCGCCGCAGCUAAGCUGGCUGAUGCGUGGGACAAAUAUCCCUGUCCUGCGGGAAGUAACACCGGUGAGCCGGAGCAGAGCGCGUUCGGCCUGGCGUUUGAUACGCCGGACUCUGUGUUCCGGUUCUACGAGAAGCAUCCGGAUCGCCAGGCGAGGUUUUUCGGCGCCAUGGAUGCCGUGGGCAGAGAUAAGGGCCAUCGACUGGAGCAUGUUGUUAAUGGGUACGAUUGGGCAGGGUUGGGGAGGAGGACUGUUGUUGAUGUCGGCGGCUCCUCCGGCUUCGUCAGCAUCGCCCUCGCCCGCGCGUUCUCUAACCUCAGCUUCAUCGUGCAGGACUACCAGCACACCAUCGAGCAGGGCCGCGCUCAGCUACCAGCAGACCUGGAAGAGCGUAUCCGCUUCGUCGCGCACGAUUUUUUCUCUCCGCAGCCCGUCGCCACAGAAGAGGGUGUGAAUGCGGACGUCUUCCUGCUCCGCCACAUCUGCCACAACUGGUCGCGGCGCAACGCCGUCAGGAUCCUGCGCAAUCUCGUACCUGCAAUGGAGAGGAACAAGGCGACAAGCAGGAUCGUGCUCGUCGAGGUCGUCGUGCUUCCUGCUGGGAGCGCGCAGCGGAAGAGCGAUUUGCAGGAGCGGUAUAUGCGCAACAUCAACAUCGCCAUGCUGGCCAUGCUUAAUACGCAGGAGCGUAGUGCUGAGGAUUGGCAAGCCGUCGUGGAAGAGGCGGAUCCCAGACUGGCGGUGCUGAGUAUUAACCAGCCGCGCGGGAGUUGGGAUUCGAUUAUUGAGAUUGGGUUUAGGGAGAAAUGA